AGUGCAGCUUUCACUUGUGGUCAUAUCGGUGUAAUUCAACACUUGUACAUGGCAGAUACGAUGAUUUUCUAUAGUGGAUUAUAGAUAUCUUAUGGAAUUUCGGUUGAUACAUGAGUUUACACAAGUACAUAAAUCACUCCGAGAAGCAGGAGAUCAGCUGGCGAAUGCGUCCCAACUUCAUCAAGACACAUGCGUUUUCUGUAGACGUCCUAUCCGUGAUGACGAAAAUCUUAUUUUUGGUCAACGGGAAUCAAGUCUCAAGCAUACGGUUCAUUAUUUCUGCAUGUUGCUUUCGAGCCAGCUUCCUCAGAAAGGUCAGGAUGAGGAAGGAAUCAAAGGUUUCCUUGAUGUCGAUAUUGCCAAAGAAGUGCGACGUUCGCAAAAAGAUAAAUGCUGCUAUUGUCGAAAACCUGGCGCAAACGUUCGGUGCGCCAAGGCGUCUUGUAGACGCGUAUUUCACUUCCCAUGCGCCUAUGAAAACGAUUCCAUAGCCGACUUUAACCAGGAAGCUUUCGACGUGCUGUGUGGCGAACACGCUCGACCCCAAGUGGUAGUACCCCUUACCAAGCCAGACGGCACAGCCGAGUGUCUUGUUUGCCUCGAAACUAUUCGGAUAAAUCCCUCCGUUUCAAUAUCUUCCGAUUUUCUAGUCAGUCCUUGCUGUCGACAGCUGUAUGAGAAGCGUUGUCUCCGAGGUUACGCAAAAGUCGCAGGCCUCCACCACUUUAAAUGCUGCCAGUGCCGGAAUGUUAAUCAGUUUCUCUAUGCGUGUCAGCAAAAUGGGAUCUUCGUGCCAAAUCAGGAUGCCGAAUGGGAGCGUAGCAAUGAGUUUGCAGACCACUACAUCCCACAUAGCGUUUGCGACGUUCCCAUUUGCCUCUGUCCUAAUGGGCGCCAAACAACUGACGGCCAUCCCGACUGGGAAGUGGUCAGGUGCGAUGAUUGUGGGAAAAGCGGAACACACAUCAAAUGUAGCGACCUUCAAGAUGGCCCUAUGUCGGCCUACAGGUGCCAGGACUGUGAGUGUAUCGGGAAUCCGUCCGUAAAUUCAUCCGUUCCUGCUUCUAUUACAGGAGUAAGCUCUGCAACCAAUGAACACCCGGAAAUUAUUGAGGUAGAUGAUGAUGGCGAUGACGACGACGACGACGAGAAUGACUGUGAUGCUGACAGCGAUGUUGUAGUAGUCUCCUCAACGUACACCGCGGAAGAUAUUGCGCAACGCCGAAAGGCUGACCAGGAACGCCUACAAGAAACGUACAGUCGGUUCCGUUCGAUUAUCAUUAAUCGAUUAGUGGAGAGUCUUCGAAAGCAAAGACAUUUAACUGCUGGCACUUCGAACAGUUUAAAAUCCGUUGUGGAUCGACCAGCAGCUGGUGGGUCUCGAAAACGACAAUACCUUUAAUCACUAUAUACUGAUAGAAAACAAAUUAUCGUGGAGAAACGAGAAACGUCUUUGUGGAAAGGUCUCACGUACGUUAUCGAUACCCUUUGGCGGCGAAUAGCAACAGAAAAAAGCCAUUUUUUGCUCAUUUCACCUAACGUUGUACUGUCUUCGUAAAUUAUUAAAGAUUGGCUUGAAUACUAUCCACUUAACUCAAGUGAAGCCAUGUUAAUCUUACACUGGAUCUCUUAAGCCAGAACCCACAAAAUUCAUUUGUGGAUUAACCGGCUCAAUUAACGUCAUCGGUACCCAUAAAGAUAUGCACUAGUGACUCAUAUUCUUAUUAUAACAUGAGCCAUGAAAAGCUGUGAUUGUAUAUAAACAUUAAAAUUUUCCAUGGUCCGGAAGUAAAUGCGUGGACGACAUGUAUAAUUGCUUUUAGCAGUAAACAAAAUAGUAACAGAUGUAUCAGGCGGUUUCGUUGUUCGUAAGGUGGAAAAUAUUGCGUUGGAGAUUAGCACCCGUAAACUAACUGACAUCAUAUUUAUACUGGGAUGGGAUAUUCUCUAAACGUGAUAAUAAUUAGUGCUUCUAACACAAAUCCUUAAUAACCAUAACAGUCAAUUACUUCACAAAAUGAGCGAGCUUCGGAUGUGAACGAGUCUGCUAUGGACAGAAUUACAACUACAACAAGCACCAGUGUCCAAUAAUCACAAAUAGCAUCUAGAACCAACUGAAGACAUAUCUGCUUGAAUUUCAUGUCCGAAUGCACCCAAACGUAUCCAAUUGAGUCAAGUGAUUUGAUUUUGUUGAGAACUGCUCAACAAUCAACUUUUGUACAUUCCUCUCGUGUGUAUGAAUUAAAGUAUAAAGGAUCGAUUUGUCUCA